AUGUCCAUCGGCCGUUAUACGCGGCUUGAUGAGAUCGGGCGAGGUAGCUUCGCGACGGUUUACCAAGGUGUUCAUACAAGAUCGAAAACCUUCGUAGCUAUCAAGUCUGUGAACUUGUCCAAGCUCAACAAAAAGCUCAAAGACAACCUUUCGUCCGAGAUCGAUAUCCUAAAGGGCCUUCAUCAUCCCCAUAUCGUCGCCUUGAUUGACUGCCAUGAGUCAACGUCUCACAUUCACUUGGUUAUGGAAUAUUGUGCAUUGGGGGAUCUGUCGCUUUUUAUCAAGCGCCGGGAUAGUCUUGGAACGCAUAAAUACACCCGGGACAUGAUUGCCAAAUAUCCCAACCCACCUGGCGCUUCGCUCAAUGAGGUAGUUACUCGGCACUUCCUCAAACAGCUGUCAAGUGCGCUGAAAUUCCUUCGUGAUCGAAAUCUUAUCCAUCGAGAUAUCAAACCUCAGAACCUUCUUUUGUGCCCCUCGCCUUCGUCGUACAGAAAUGGUACUGCUCAGGUCAUUCCAUUUAAAGGGAGUGAUAACUCAUAUGAGCCUAUUACGGGGAUCGAGUCUCUCCCAAUGCUCAAAAUCGCGGAUUUUGGCUUCGCUCGAUCAUUACCCGCCACUUCGUUGGCGGAGACCCUCUGUGGUUCUCCACUGUACAUGGCACCUGAGAUUCUUCGAUAUGAGAAAUAUGAUGCCAAGGCCGACUUGUGGUCUGUAGGUACUGUGCUCUAUGAGAUGGUUGUGGGUCGACCUCCGUUCCGGGCUUCAAAUCAUGUCGAGUUGUUGCGAAAGAUUGAGAAGGGAGAAGACCGAAUCCGCUUUCCCGAAGAAAACCCAGCCUCGGAUGAUAUUAAAAGAUUAAUUCGAGGUCUUCUGAAACGGAACCCGGUGGAGCGGUUGAAUUUUCCCGAGUUCUUUAACAACAAUGUGAUCAAUGAUCCGAUCCCUGGCCUGGUAGCGGACGAUGUUUCGGGGCCAUCUCAAUCACCACGACCAACGCAAUUAAACGCAAAACCCGAAGAAUCUCCUUAUGACACCGGGCCAGAGGACAGGGUUGCAUGCCCCAUCAAUCGAAGACCUUCUACAACACCUCCAAAAUCAGCAACCCCACCUACAGUCACGCAUAUGCGGCGCAUGGGAAGCGCUGAUCGGCCUUCUUCGGAGAUUGUCAAAGAUCAACGAGCAGGCACACCGCCCCAACGGCCUGGUCCUGUCAGUCUUGUCACUGCCCCAGGACGCCAAGAGCUCACCGAUCGCAAGGCAACUGCUGCUGUCAUGGAUCGGCAAAGACAUCGGAAUACCUAUACUGGCUCUCCUAGGGCAAGUGACUCAACCGUCCAUAUCCAGGAGGAACGAGAUCGCGCUGCACAAGAAGUGGCAUUCGAGAGAGAUUACGUUGUAGUUGAAAAGCGGGCUGUGGAAGUCAACGCUUUUGCAGACGAACUGGCCCAUAGUCCACGCCUACAGGGCGGGCUUUCUCGUCCAGGACAAACUGGCGCCGGGUCUCGCCGGGCGACCACACAGGGUCUACCAACAGUGUCACCCUCUUCUCCGCAUGCCAAUGCGGCUAAGGCUAUGCAGGUUGUGACGGGCCGCUCGCGCGCAGAUUCCACACACCAGCGUCAGCAUUCCUACGAGCGACGUUACGGACAAAGUCCUACAUCGGCGACCUCCGCAAUCUCGAAAGCACUCAAUAUGGCCAGUGGCCGUUUAUUUGGCAUAGGUUUCUCACCUCCACUAGCUAUCAGCAAAAGUGGGCGAUCUCCGCCUUUGGCCUAUAAUCCAUUCCCAGCCUAUCCUCCUGCACAUACAAGCCUUUUGAUCACAGGAGAUGCAACCAAGCAAAGUCCGAACGUGGAUGAAGAUUGCAAGGCAGUCCAGGAAAUCGAGGAAUGCGCUACGCGUAGCGAUGUUGUUUUCGGAUUUGCCGAGGUUAAAUACAAGCAGCUUAUUCCGCUAGCACCUUCAGCACCGACUGAUCCAUCUGCGAGACCUAUGGAUACAAACAAUGAUCCAGGAUCUGCUGAAUUUGAUGAUGGGCUUACAGUGGACGCGAUCGUCACAUUAUCUGAGGAAGCUUUGGUGCUAUAUGUCAAAGCAUUGUCUUUGCUGGCAAAGUCAAUGGACAUCGCUGGCGCUUGGUGGUCACGCAAGAAUCGGGAAGAAAUUUACGGGGACUCACCGACCAAAGAGAAUAUGAGCGCAGUUGCUGGUACCCGGAUCAACUACGUUGUGCAGUGGGUGCGCAGCCGGUUCAAUGAGGUCAUCGAGAAGGCCGAAUUCGUGCGCCUCAAACUUAUCGAGGGCCAACGACGAUUGCCACUAGAUCAUCCCAGCCAUCCAAAUAACUACUCCAUCAGUUCUACCGCCGGUUCAACCUCUACCGCGGACGUAGUAGUGAGCCCUGGCGUGACAGCAGAGAGGCUCAUGUACGACCGCGCACUGGAGAUGAGCCGAGCGGCUGCCAUCAACGAAUUGACCGGCGAAGAUCUUGCCAAUUGCGAAAUCACCUAUGUCACUGCCAUUCGCAUGCUUGAAGCUGUCCUUGAAAGUGAUGGAGCGCGAUCUCCACCGGGCAGCAGCAGCAGUGACCGGCAAAGCAGUUCGCAACCCAGUGAUAGGGUCAUUUUGGACGACCUGCAGGUGGAAGAUCGGCAGGUCGUUGUCAAACUCGUCUCUAGUAUGCGUGGUCGCCUCACAUCUGUUCGAAAGAAGCUGGCGGUGCUCUCCAAGCGAUCGUCCACUCCGACUCCCACGAUGACCAGUGCGGGCAAAGUCCCCCCAUCCACUAUUUCUCCUGUUGCAUAUACUACGGGGGUGACACCGCCUAGAUGA